AUGGGGAUGUCGCUUGGUGGAGGCCUGCAGCCCAGCGGCGCCAGUGCAGAACGCCUCCCUUUCUCCAAGUCGCAAGAUGGUCAAGAACUCAACAUGUCGCCUGCUUCGGCUCAAACCUAUAUGACGAAUCAGUCGGGCAAGAGGAGCGGCCCCGACGCCUCGAAUGUGCAGAAGUGCGACGACCUUCUUUUCUGGCAAAGGAGCGGCCGCAACGCCAGGCGGCAACAAACAGGCUCCGCGCGAUUCGGUGAUGCAUAUGUUCUGCGCCAUAUCACGCAACUGAGUAUGCAACAUGACAAGUUCAACAUCAGUGCCAAAGGCCUCAGUGCCAAGGGCCGGCUAACACCUGCGGAGAUCAAGUCAGAGUGCUUCCACGACGCAUUCCGCAUUUGA